CUCUCACUCUCUCUCCCUCCUCCUCUCUCUCCCUCGGGUGGAUGAGGGGUGGCUCCAUCGUGACAGGAAGCCAGGGCUGGCGAUGAGACCUGAGCGCUGACUGGAGUAUGCUGCAGACGAUUUACGAGGGCGAGUCGAGUUUCUCCACCACAGAGCGACACCUCGGACACCAGCGGCUCUUUGGCCACACCAAGAUGCACAACGUGAACAGCACAGUGGACAUUAAGCCGGAGGCGGCCCUAGAAGUGGAUCCCGUCUCCCCGCUAGACCUGCGCAAGGAGCUGAGGAUGGUGGGCCCGGGGUCGGACCCCAGUAUGUGGGAACGGCAGCUGCAGCAGGAGCUGCUACUCAUCCAGAAGCAACAGCAGAUCCAGAAGCAGCUCCUCAUCAGUGAGUUCCAGAAGCAGCACGAGAACCUGAGCCGCCAGCACCAGGCACAGCUCCAGGAGCACCUUAAGCUCCAGCAGGAGCUCCAGGCCAUGAAGCAGCAGCAGGAGCUGGUGGAGAAGGAGCGACGUCUGGAACAGCAGCAGAUGCAGCAGCAGCAGCAGCAGCAGCAGCAGCAGCAGCAGCAGCAGCAGCAGCAGCAGCAGCAGCAGCAGCAGAGCCAGCAGGAGCGCGAGCAGGAGAGACUCCGUCGAGAGCAGCACCUCUCCAGCCUCAGCCUCAGGGGGAAGGAGCGCUCCAGAGAAAGCCUCAAAGGUGCGGUUGCCAGUACGGAAGUCAAGCAAAAGUUGCAGGAGUUUCUGCUGAGCAAAUCAGCGAAGGAUCCCAUCUGCAGCGGGGCCACUCACUCCCUGAUCCACCAUCCGAAGCUCUGGUACACGACUUCCCAUCACACAUCCUUGGACCAAAGUUGCUCCCCGCUGGGCGGGGCAUCUCCGACGUGCCAGUACACCCUCCCCUCCCCCGUGGACAGCAAGGACGACUUCCCCUUGAGGAAGACUGCCUCGGAGCCCAACCUGAAGGUGCGGUCCAGGCUGAAGCAGAAGGUGGCUGAGCGGAGGAGCAGUCCCAUGCUGAAGAGGAGGGAUGGCAACAUCAUAACUCCUUACAAGAAGAGGGCUCUGGAGCUCAUGGAUUCUACUCCCACUAACAGCGCCCCUGGUUCUGGCCCCAGCUCCCCUAUAGGGGCCUCUAGUGCACUGGGGGCUGAGAAUGGACCCUCCUCUCUGCCCACCACCACAAAAACUGAGCGUUGGCCCUCACAGCCCAGAUUGUUCCGUCCUGAGGGUACCAUGUCCGUGAUGAGCCUGUACACGUCUCCAUCCUUACCCAACAUCACCCUGGGACUGUCGUCCUCCCCCUUCAGCGAUGCCAUUGAGCUGAAGGAACCGUCAGCAGAUAUCAGGCACGGGCUGCCCCACGGCCAGCUGAUGGGUCCAGUCCCCCUGCAGACCGGCCUGGAGGCCAAGGUCAGCCCCAGCCACCAGGCGCUUCUCCAGCACCUCCUGCAGAAGGAGCAGAUGAGGCAACAGAAGAUCCUGUCUUCUGCCCAGAGUCUGGUGUCGGCCCACCCUUUAUCUCCGCUGGCCAUGAAGGAGCGCCAGUCUACCACCAGUCGACCCAAGUUACCCAAGCACCGGCCCCUGAACCGCACCCAGUCAGCCCCCCUGCCCCAGAACACGCUGGCCCAGCUGGUCAUCCAGCAGCAGCACCAGCACUUCCUGGAGAAGCAGAAGCAGUACCAGCACCAGAUCCACAUAAAUAAGCUUCUGUCCAUGUCCAUCGAGCAGCUACGUCAGCCCAACGCACACCUGCAGGAGUCCGAGGAGGAUGAGGAGGACCGCAGAGAGCACAGCCUCGGCAUGCUUCAGGAGGAAAGGGUGCCCUCUGGAGGCGUCAUCCGGAAGCACACGCUGAGGGGCUGCAGCAGCGACGGCGGCUCCACCGGAGAGCUGGCCGACCCCCCUUGCCACCAUGGGGCAGUCGUCAGGGUGAAGGAGGAGCCGGCCGACAGUGAGGACGAAGCACUGAGCAGCGAGCGCUUGGAGGCAGAGCAGAGCGCCUAUCUGCACCAGCUCAAGGGGAGACUGGUGAUAAGGGCCAUGAUCUGAGGAAGGCCCCCACCCACCUGCCUCCACUCUCCCCAGGAGGUUCACAUACUGUAACAUUCGCAGAUUAACAUGUAGACAGCCAUGUGAAGUAUACAUAGAAGCGCAUGUGUGCACAUACACACACACACACACACACACACACACAUACACCACACACAUUAUCUUUUACCCUGACUAGGCCAAUUCACUCCCUGAAACCCACAAGUCGUGAUCCCUUUUCACUUAAACUGCAGCCUGGCCCUAGACACUUGGACUGUGUGUUUGUGAAAUUUGUGUAGUUGGCUCUGUAAAGUAGGUUGUUACGUUGUGUAUAUAUUAUGAAGAUUGAACCCUUUCUUUUUAAGAGUUUUUUUGGAAGUCUCAAGUCGGAUUUCAAAAUAAAUUGUAUGCAUAUGCUGUGGAUUUAGCAUCAAAGAUUAUUUUAGAGCAAACUUCAAUGUGUACAGCUUUAGCAAAAUUAUGUUCCAAUUGUUAUCAUUUUAAUUUUAUUCAUAACAUAUUCAGAAUCUGUUUUAUCCACUUUAACAUUGACGAUUAUCAUAAUGUCCUGCAAUGUUGUCUUAGGAAAUGAAAAACUAAAAUCACAUUCUCAAUUUGCUGGUCUCAGUUCUGGAAAUGACAAACAAAUCUCCAAACGAAUAUGUGGCCGCGUGAGAAUGUAUGCUUAAAUCCUUAAGAAAAGGACUUCUGACAGACUUUGCACUAGCAUUAAUAUUGCAUAUUAUUGACUACAGUCCACUGCACAUAAAGCAGUUAGAAGGAUAAAAACACUAAAUCUGCCCUUGGGUUUGCAGGAAUUUCCAGCAGAUCUUAAGUAGAAGCCCCAUAGCCUGGGUUGUGUUGCGCCAAGCUCUCCUCCCUGCUGGGCUCGUACCCAGCUUCAGGGGAGAGG